AUGAGGAUCUCUCAUUUUGGCAUGUUAAUCUUGGUGGUAGGCAUGCUUGGGCUUGAAGCAGCCACCGCAACAAUCUUCAACUAUGGCCAAGCACUUGAUAUGACAUUCCUGUUUUUCGAGGCGCAGAGGUCAGGUAAACUACCUGCAAACCAUCGAGUCAAGUGGCGCAGUGACUCUGCCCUUAAGGACGGCUUUCUUCAAGGGGUGGACUUGGUGGGAGGGUACUACGAUGCAGGGGAUCAUGUGAAGUUUGGGCUGCCAAUGGCAUUUAGUGUAACAAUGCUUGCAUGGGGAGCUAUUGAUUUCAGGAAGGAGAUCACAGCAUUAGACCAAAUGGGAAAUACGUUGUGGGCUAUUAGAUGGGGCACUGACUACUUUAUCAAGGCCCACACACAGCCUAAUGUUCUCUGGGCUCAGGUUGGGGAUGGUGACUCCGACCAUUAUUGCUGGGAGCGUGCGGAGGACAUGACAACUCCAAGAACUGCUUAUAAGCUUGAUGAAUAUCAUCCUGGUUCAGACCUUGCUGGUGAAACUGCAGCUGCCUUGGCAGCAUCAUCCAUAGCUUUCAAGCCUUACAACUCUUCCUACUCCAUUCUCCUCUUAGUUCAUGCAAAACAGCUUUUCUCAUUUGCUGAUAGAUUUAGAGGUCUUUAUGAUGAUUCCAUUCAGAAUGCUAAGCAAUUCUACUCUUCCUCGGGCUACUCGGAUGAGUUAUUGUGGGCUGCAGCAUGGCUGUAUCGGGCAACCGAUGAUGAGUACUACCUCAAGUAUGUGGUGGACAAUGCUCUGUAUAUGAGUGGAACUGGAUGGGCAGUCAAAGAAUUCUCUUGGGACAAUAAAUAUGCUGGUUUACAAAUCCUUCUUUCCAAGAUACUGCUAGAAGGACGUGGUGGCGCAUACACUGCCACCCUAAAGCAAUAUCAAGCCAAAGCAGAUUGCUUUGCAUGUGCUUGUCUGAAAAAGAAUGACGGCUACGACAUCCAGACAACUCCUGGGGGUUUAAUGUACGUUCGAGAAUGGAACAACUUGCAGUAUGCCUCUGCUGCGGCACUUCUUCUUUCCAUCUACUCUGAUUAUCUUUCAGCUGCAAAUGCCAAGCUUAGUUGUCCAGAAGGGCAGAUCCCACCUCAGGAGCUCCUCAAUUUUGCCAAAUCGCAGGCUGAUUACAUUCUUGGUAAAAACCCCAAAACCAUAAGCUACUUGGUUGGAUAUGGAACAAAAUAUCCAAUCCAUGUUCACCACAGGGGUUCUUCCAUUGCCUCUAUAUUUGCUCUCCACUCCGUUGUUGAAUGCGUGCAAGGAUUCGAAACAUGGUAUCGUCGUUCGGAGGGAAAUCCUAAUUGCAUAUUUGGAGCCCUCGUCGGAGGUCCUGAUCAGAAUGAUAACUUCUCUGAUGACCGUUCUAACUAUGAACAAACUGAACCUACACUUUCUGGCAAUGCUCCUCUUGUUGGCCUCUUCUCCAAGCUUCAUAGUGUAUAUGGAGGAGCAACAGGAUACUAUCAUGAAGAAUCACCAGUUCCCCAUACAACGACACCAGGGGUCCCAGCGGAAUUCCUUCACACCAUAACUAACACAUGGGCUGUUGGAACGUCAACGUAUUAUCGCCACAAGGUAAUAAUCAAGAACAUAUCCCAGAAGCCAAUUACAGACCUAAAGUUGGUGAUAGAGGACCUUUCAGGGCCUCUUUGGGGUCUCUCUCCAACGCCAGAAAAGAAUACUUAUGAGCUUCCUCGACGGCUCAAAGUCUUGAAACCUUCCUCAGAGUACAGCUUUGUUUACGUUCAAGGUGGCCCCCAAGCAAAAAUUUCGAUUCGGAGUUACCAUUGACACAUUUCUUUUUUGGGAGAUUUUGUACCAUAGUAAUUUUCCAUUCCAAUUUGCUGAUUGGAUAAAAGAUCAGCUUCCACAACAAUUUUGCAAUUGCAUGCCGCACGUCAGGAAAUUGAACUUUCUUGAAGAAUCAAUAUUCCUAUACGAAAACAGCAGGUUUCCAUCCUCGUGAUAAGACAAAUA